AUGUCCAGCCGUCAUCGGGGAUUGAGCAGGAGCGAGGAGGAACGUGCUCGGUUGGGAGCUCAUCCACACGGUCACCGCAAACCCAGUAGUAGUGGCAGCAGUCAUCGUAGUCGCAGCGCCCACUCCUCAUCCGUGGCACCCGAAGUAGGGAUUGCAGAAGAGGUCCCCGGCCGACCGCUCUCCGCUAAUUAUGCACUGCGCCCAUUGCCUCCACCUCCCUCACCAACCAGGUAUCACUUUGGCUGCCUCUUGCGCAGCAGCCUGCCUCCUAUGCCGUCCAGUCUGGUCGAGAAGAUCAAUUGUGCUGGCUCCAGAGCUUCUCACCACGCCAACUCCAAAGGCCUUCCAUCAGGAGAAGACGUGAGACCAAUUUACCCUUGA